UGGAAGAAAGAGGGGCAGGCUACUUCAGUACAGAUGUAGAGAAAUGUGUAAAGACAAAUACUGAAACUUCUGCAAGAAGAACUUUGGGGGUGAAGGAAUAACGUUGUAGACUCGUAUUAUUACUAAAUGAAGAGGAUUUAUCACCACCACUUGAAGAAAUGUAAAAAAUAUUUAAUUAUCUGAAAGAAGCUUGGAUGAAGUCGAGUAACUUUCGCGCGUCGCUGGAAAGGAUCUCUGAAAUCGGCUCCAGACUAGAGCAUCUGACGCUGGUCCAUCACUUUUCAGCUCAGCUGUAAAAGGUGGGAUAUUCGUCGAUCUCACUCAAAAAAGGACUUUUAAUACGCCUCUUUACUCAUCUCUGCUGGACAUUUGUGGAAUAACAGCUUGAAAACCAGAGACGAUGAACCAGCAGAUAUUUAUCCACUAUAACUACACAGGGAAGCUGGAAAACCGUCAGAAUGGAAAAAUCACAGGUGGUGGCGUCACCUUGGAUGCUAAAACCAUCGUGUUCCUCAUCAUCUGUUGCUUCAUAAUCCUGGAGAACCUGAUUGUUCUAGUAGCAAUAUGGAAAAACCACAAGUUCCACAACCGCAUGUACUUCUUCAUAGCCAACCUGGCGUUGUGUGACCUUCUGGCUGGGGUGGCUUAUAUCGUCAACCUCCUCAUGUCAGGGGAGAAGACCCUUCACCUGUCUCCAGUGUUGUGGUUUGUGAGGGAAGGGAGCAUGUUUGUAGCCCUGGGGGCUUCCACAUUCAGUCUCCUGGCUAUAGCUAUAGAGAGACAUCUGACCAUGAUUAAAAUGAGGCCCUAUGAUGCCAGUAAGAAUUACAGGGUGUUCUUGCUCAUAGGGACCUGCUGGCUCAUAGCGAUAUCCCUGGGAGCAUUGCCCAUCCUGGGGUGGAACUGCUUGGACAACCUCCCUGACUGCUCCACAGUCCUACCGCUCUAUACCAAGAAGUACGUGGCCUUCUGCAUCAUCAUCUUCAUGGCCUUGCUGCUGGCCAUGUCCGUCCUGUACAUACGCAUCUACAUGUUGGUGAGGACCAGCAGUCGCAAGGUGACGAAACAUUCGAACUCAGAGCACUCCAUGACCCUCCUCCGUACUGUCAUCAUCGUGGUCGGCGUCUUCAUUGCAUGCUGGACGCCCAUCUUCGUCCUCCUCCUCAUUGAUGUGGCCUGCGAGCAUCGCUGCUGCACCAUCCUCUACAAGGCCGACUACUUCAUAGCCCUGGCCGUGCUCAACUCUGCCAUGAACCCUGUUAUCUACACCUUGGCCAGCAGGGAGAUGAGGAGAGCCUUCUUUAGCUUGGUCUGUGGCUGUCUGAUAAAGGGGAAGGUCUCCAGCAGCGGUGAGCCCAAUAAGCCCAGUAACCUGGAGCACAGCAGGAGCACAGCAGGAGCACAGCAGGAGCACAGCCCAUAAUAAUCCUAACAACCACAGCAGGGCAGAUGAGCAGCAGAAGAACAGGGACAGUAGUCUGAAUAUUAUAGUGGCACAGACCUUGAUAAAGAGUCCAACAUCAUCGUGCGCCAAUGUGGCCAAUGGAGAGGAGGGUUGAGGUUUUCUGCUGGGCCCUGAACCUCCAUAUCCAAAUCAUUCUGAAUGAACACAAGAGACUACGAAGUGUGGCAACGCGAGACAUUGUAGCCCUAUGCUGUGCAUAGGAUGGAGAGACAUUGAAGGCCUAUAAUGUAACUAUACUGACAAAAGAUAUAAACGCAACAUGUAUAGUGUUGGCCCCAUGUUUCAUGAGCUGAAAUAAGAGGCCCUACAUUUUCCAUACGCUUUUUGUAGCUUAUUUCUCUUCAAUUUUGCACACAAAUGCUUACUGCAGGAAUGUCCACCAGAGCUGUUGCCAGACAAUUUAAUGUUAAUUUCUCUACCAUAAGCCGCCUCCAACGUCGUCAUAGAGAAUUUGGCAGUACGUAUGAUGCGUUUCUAUUUUUGUUCAGUAUAUUUAGCCGAAUUACUUCAUAACCACAAACAAGCACUUGGCUCUCCCUCUCUGUGAGGGUAGAGGGUCCAGAAACUGUCCAGACCAGAUAAACACUGUGCAGUCGAGAUAUAGGGGGCUAUAUUAAAUUCGGCACCUUUUUAAAGGUAACGUUUUCUGCUUUCGCAGAGACUGCAUUCAUGGUAAACGCUGCAUAUGUUUAAUUACCUUUAAAUGUCAAAUCGCUCUAUGACGCAGAUAUUCCGCGGUCCAAAUUUAAUCUAGGCCAUAAACUACAGUGAAGCUGUAGACUGCCACUAUACUGUAGGUCCUGUAAAGCACGCAUGGUGGGCUGGGAUGGUAAACAGAUGGUUAUUUUACAUUCAUUGUAAAUGUAACUCUUGAAAAAAGCUAUUUAUUAUUUUUUUGUUUGUCAUACUUUGACAUAUGUGUACAGUUUUUCCUAAAUACUGUUACUCUACAUUAUAAACUGUGUGGUUCGAGCUCUGAAUGCUGAUUGGCCGACAGCUGUGGUAUAUCAGACCGUAUACCACGGGUAUGACAAAACAUUUAUUUUUACAGCUCUAAUUAAGUUGGUAACCAAUUUAUAAUAGCAAUAAGGCACCUUGGGAGUUUGUGGUAUAUGGCCAAUAUACCAUGGCUAAGGGCUGUAUCCAAGCACUCGUCGUGCCUAAGAACAGCCCUUAGCCAUGGUUUAUUGACCAUAUACCACACCCCCUCGGGCCUUAUUGCUUAAUUAUACAAUGGUAGCAUGCUCUUUGUUUUAUUGUGUAAAACGAUUGUAUUUAACCAGAUGAUUUGCUCAACAUUAUGCUACUACCUGUACUGUAGCAUCAUUUAACUGUUAAUAUGUCUAUGAGCUCAUGGAAGCUUCCCUGUAGCAGAGCUAAACCAGGUUGAAGUGAAGCUUCCCUGUAGCAGAGCUAAACCAGGUUGAAGUGAAGCUUCCCUGUAGCAGAGCUAAACCAGGUUGAAGUGAAGCUUCCCUGUAGCAGAGCUAAACCAGGUUGAAGUGAAGCUUCCCUGUAGCAGAGCUAAACCAGGUUGAAGUGAAGCUUCCCUGUAGCAGAGCUAAACCAGGUUGAAGUGAAGCUUCCCUGUAGCAGUGCUAAACCAGGUUGAAGUGAAGCUUCCCUGUAGCAGAGCUAAACCAGGUUGAAGUGAAGCUUCCCUGUAGCAGUGCUAAACCAGGUUGAAGUGAAGCUUCCCUGUAGCAGAGCUAAACCAGGUUGAAGUGAAGCUUCCCUGUAGCAGAGCUAAACCAGGUUGAAGUGUUGACUGGAGGUUGCAGGGCACCACCCUCUGCUGCUAUGUACUAAAGCAGUGGUCACCAACCUUUUCUGAGUCCAGACCAAUUUCUGAGUCCAAAAGCAAACCGCUCAGAUUUUUUAUUUACAUGACUUAAAAAAUGUAAGCCUAUGCAACAUUAACCAAUUAAAAACAGUACUGUAGUAAUGAGGUUUGUGCAGUAGGCUAUAGGCCCAAUACAUUAUCACUGUAUAUUGGCUAGGCUUGAAUUACCCUGCCAAUGUUGUUUUUCGCAGGACAUUCUAAAAUUAUAUUUCAACAUUGUAGGUAUAUGAUCAGACUGGUAAUAGAUAAUUUGAUGUAUUACUUGUGAGUGACAAAAUAAUAAUAUUUUUUGAUUUUACUGUACUGAUGGCCUGCAUCUGAUGGUCAGUCUGAGGGGAGGGAGGGAGCAGCGGUGAAGCAGCCUCUCAAACGACUCACCGUCCCUCCCUCCUCUGAGAAAAGGGUAAACAGUCUUCCAGCUGAUGGCAAAACUCAAAGUCGCACUGCAUUAUUUCUGCCUCAUGCACCCACGGCUGAGUGAGCAUAAUAAUUCGCUUUUUUUUUUUACUGUACUGAUGGCCUGCAUCUGAUGGUCAGUCUGAGGGGAGGGAGGGAGCAGCGGUGAAGCAGCCUCUCAAACGACUCACCAUCCCUCCUCUGAGAAAAGGGGACACAGUCUUCCAGCUGAUGGUGAAACUCAAGUCGCACCACAUUAUUUCUGCCUCAUGCACCAAUUCAUGCUGUUACUCCUAUGACCAGAGAAAGUGUCAUUUUCCUUGAUAUUGAAAAAGACACAAGCUGCUAAUAAUAACUAAGGCUUAUUAAAACACUUUCCUACUCAUUCAUUGCAGCUGCAGUGCUGGUUGUAGAAUGAGUGGAAGUAGGGAGAACACGCAUUUUAUGGUUUAUGAAAGUGUUGACGUUGCUGAAUAACAACUUAAACAUGUACUUAGUUGUAAAAACAGCAGCUCUUUGCUGUAUUCAUCGAGUCUCUCUCUCGAGUCAUGGUUUUAAGUGUUUUGAAAUCUCACAGUAUCAACUUUGCUGUGCAUUUGAGGCUUCUUUUUACAGCCUAUGGCUCGAGGAAACUGCAGACACGGUAAGCUGAGCUAUCUGAUUGGCCAGCGGUAGGCCUAUAGGGGAACUUGAUUUUCUCUCUGGGCCUGCCGGGUACGUGGAGUUCCACCUUCAAGCACAUGAAACGGUUCAAAAUGGAAACACUUUUUUUCCUUUCUGGCGCUAUGGCUGCGGAAUCAUGUGCACCUACCACCAACAGCGCUAAACCAAAAAAUGACAUAGGAACGCAAGUCCUUAUCAUUGUUUUUGACAGAAAUGUUUGGUGAUCGACUAUGAAUGCCUUGGAGAUCGACCACUGAACUAAAGAGACUUUUCAGUUCAUCUAUUCAGCUGACAAUUGCUCAAGACAAACAUAAACAAACUUCUCAAAUAAGACAAAUAUUUUUCAGACAUAACAGUAAAUUUUACACAUUAAGUGGUUCAGUUGGAAUGCAAUUAAUCGGAAUACUGUAUGUAGAAAACAGCAUUUGAUAUAAAACAAUCGAUUGAUGUUAUCACUGAUGUUAUCACUACAUACGUUUGCUGUGCAUUGAGGCACAUAUACCGCAUGCUGUUUAAUGGGAGUCAGUGGAACUGCAUGGAAAAUAGUAUGACUGUUCAUCAAACAAAAAAAGAACAUUCACGGUUUUAUUGCCAACAGUCAUACAGAAUGAUGAUAACUCAUACAACCAAAGACUAAAUCUGUAAACAUUGUUUGGACUCAUUUCUUUGUUUUUUUUUUAUUUUUUACUUGUUCCAAAAUGUGUUUUUGUGGUCCUUCUGACAAAAAGACUCAUCAUAUUCAGAAUUUGGAAACUAGAGAGAGAGAAAAAC